AUGUCUGGCGCGGCUCCACAGCAGAGCGGUACGGCACCCCUGAAGGUGUUCUUCAUCCUUGGUGGACCCGGCUCUGGCAAAGGCACGAACUGUGCACGUCUCGUGGAGAACUUUGGCUACACCCACUUUAGCGCCGGUGAGCUCCUGCGCGAGGCGGCACGCUCUGGCACGAGUGAUGUGGCCAAGAAGAUCGGUGAGAUCAUCCACUCUGGCAACAUCGUGCCGAGCGAAAUCACGGUAGAGCUCCUUAGACAGGCCAUCGCCGACCACCCUAGUUCGGUUGGCUACGUCAUCGACGGCUUCCCGCGCAAGGAGGAUCAGGCGCGCAUGUUUGAGGAGUCCAUCGCCAAGGCCACAGGUAUCGUCUACUACGACUGCAGCGAGGCCACCAUGGAGGACCGCCUGCUCCUGCGCAGCGCCAACGCUGGUGAGAAGCGCGACGACGACGAUGUAGAGACAAUUCGGCAUCGCUUCCGCGUCAACGUGCAGGAGUGCAUGCCAGUCGUGGAAGCAUACAAGGCGAAUGGCCGCUGCCACGUCAUUGACGCGAACCGCGACCGCAACACCGUCUACGCCGAUACAGAGAAGGUAUUCCUCGCGAUGGGCGAGAAGCCUUUGAAGGCAUAA